CAUGACAUCAUUUCUCCAUGUACUGUGCGCCAUUUUGGACGAAAAAAAAUCACGGAUAAUUUCCGUGGUCUUGACAGAUCUGGACCCGAGUCUUCACACUGAUUGUGGAUGCUAUCUAUUUCCCCGAGCAAGCCGCAUUGGUUGAUUAGGUAUUGGAAGCCGUGUACAGCAAGUGCUGCUACAUGAAGCAAUGGCGGGAGUUGCAGGAGGAAAUGAUUUUCAGUGGUGUUUCUCUCAAGUGAAAGGAGCGAUAGAUGAAGAUGUUGCGGAAGCGGACAUAAUCUCAACAGUUGAGUUCAACUAUUCUGGAGAAUUGCUUGCAACUGGAGAUAAAGGAGGCAGAGUAGUGAUAUUUCAACAUGAACAGGAGUCUAAGAAUCGUCCACACCUGCGUGGGGAGUACAACGUCUAUAGCACUUUUCAGAGUCACGAGCCAGAAUUUGACUAUUUGAAAAGUUUAGAAAUUGAGGAAAAAAUUAAUAAAAUAAGAUGGCUACCCCAACAAAACGCUGCUCACUUUCUACUUUCGACAAAUGAUAAAACUAUCAAAUUGUGGAAAAUAAGUGAAAGAGAUAAACGAGCGGAAGGUUACAACCUGAAAGAUGAAGAUGGACGACUCAGAGAUCCCUUUAGAAUCACCUCUUUACGGGUACCAGUACUGAUGCCAAUGGAUCUCAUGGUAGAAGCAAGCCCACGGAGGAUCUUUGCAAAUGCGCACACCUAUCACAUUAAUUCCAUUUCUGUAAAUAGUGAUCAUGAAACGUACCUCUCUGCAGAUGACCUAAGAAUAAAUCUAUGGCACUUGGAAAUCACAGACAGAAGUUUUAAUAUUGUAGACAUCAAGCCCGCCAACAUGGAGGAACUGACAGAAGUAAUCACAGCUGCUGAGUGCCAUCCACAUCAAUGCAAUGUAUUUGUGUACAGCAGUAGCAAAGGCACCAUCCGCCUGUGUGACAUGCGGGCAGCAGCACUCUGCGAUAGGCACUCAAAGUUCUUUGAGGAGCCUGAGGAUCCAAGCAGCCGAUCCUUUUUCUCUGAGAUCAUCUCCUCCAUCUCGGACGUGAAGUUCAGUCACAGCGGACGCUAUAUGAUGACACGUGACUACCUCUCCGUCAAAGUUUGGGACCUCAACAUGGAGAACAGGCCAGUGGAGACGUAUCAGGUCCAUGAAUACCUUCGCAGUAAACUCUGCUCCUUGUAUGAAAACGACUGCAUCUUUGACAAGUUCGAGUGCUGCUGGAAUGGCAGUGACAGUGCCAUCAUGACUGGCUCCUACAACAACUUCUUCCGAAUGUUUGACCGCAACACCAGGCGGGACAUCACACUAGAGGCAUCCCGGGAGAGCAGCAAACCACGGGCCACGCUCAAACCACGCAAAGUGUCCACUGGUGGCAAGAGGAAGAAGGAUGAGAUCAGCGUAGACAGCCUGGACUUCAACAAGAAGAUCCUCCACACUGCCUGGCACCCCAAAGAUAACGUGAUAGCUGUGGCAGCCACAAACAACUUGUACAUUUUCCAGGACAAAAUCAACUAGAAGAUUUGGGACUCCAGAGGAUAGGGCUUUUACCGUACCUGUGUAGUUAAGCCUACUACUUGUCUAUCUGUAUAAGAAGAAACAGCCUCGUUGUCCUCCUGGUGAAGAAUUCGAAAGCACGUGUCUACUUUUUUUGCCACAGGAGGUUGAUCCAUAGGCCUGUUUUAUUUUGAGUCUGAGCUUAGGUUGUUUUUGCCUUUGGCACCAGGGCAAUCAACAUGCCCCCCUGACCCAGAAAGCCCAAUUCGGGUCUAAUUGAUGGAAUGGCACUCCCUAGAGGUCAAACUCUUGAACGUUGGUGUUUGUGUUGACAUUUUAAGCCUUCAUUUCAUGAUUUAACAACAGAACUCUUGGAAGCCCUUAAAAUGACGUCUUGUCAAAGUUGUAACAUCAUCUCAAAGAUUAUGGGCCCUCUGAAGCACGAAUUAAUGGCCAAAAAGCCUAACUGUAACAUUCCCCCAUUGGCCAUGUAUCCAGGCCAAACUGCUGGUGGAAGAGGCCAUGAAUUUGGAAAGUGGACCUGUUUCUUUUCUCCCCCUCCCUCCUCUUACUUUACCCCAGUCAAUACAGUGACAUAAUUUCAUUGACUGUAUCUACUCAAGUACACCUUGUCAUCCACAUAAUAAAAGAAACUAAAACUA